GUCUCUCUCUCUCUCUCUCUCAAAAAUAAAAAAUAAAGCAUUAACAAAAAAAAAAGAAAUCACAAUACUUUGUAGAGCCAUCAUGAAUCUGGAUUACUGAAUGCAUUCAGUUCACGAAGAAGCACAUAUAUUUUUAUGUCACAACGUAGUAAAAUAUUUUCACACCCCUAUGUCAGUAUGACCGUUUUCCUUUCCAAUCCUGUGCCUUAAUGGAUUGGGUUUCUAGCUGUCUCCAGAGAAGGAGCCCACAGGGGCCUGUCUCUGCCCUUGGAGGCAGCACAGAAUCAGGUCACGGUGUAGGCAGAUUAGUGAGGUCCUGAACUGGCCUCCUUAAAGAUACCUAAUCCUGGACCAGAAGCCAGCCAGCAGGCCCAGGGCCACAUAGAGUCCCUCCACCCUGUCCCCAGCUCCCGGCCGGGGCUGCCAUGGCCUCCCUGUUCUCUGGCCGCGUCCUGAUUCGCAACAACAGCGACCAGGACGAGCUGGACACGGAGGCUGAGCUCAGCCGCAGGCUGGAGAACCGGCUGGUGCUGCUGUUCUUUGGCGCUGGGUCAUGCCCACAGUGCCAGGCCUUCGCACCCAUCCUCAGGGACUUCUUCGUGCGGCUCACAGACGAGUUCUACGUGCUGCGGGCAGCCCAGCUGGCCCUGGUGUACGUGUCCCAGGACCCCACAGAGGAGGAGCAGGAUCUGUUCCUCAGGGACAUGCCGAAAAAGUGGCUCUUCCUGCCCUUCGAGGAUGACCUGAGGAGGGAUCUCGGGCGCCAGUUCUCCGUGGAGCGCCUGCCGGCUGUCGUGGUGCUCAAGCCUGGAGGGGACGUGCUCACCCGCGACGCAACUGACGAGAUCCGGCGCCUGGGCCCCGCCUGCUUCGCCAACUGGCAGGAGGCGGCGGAGGUGCUGGACCGCAACUUCCUGCAGCCCGAGGACCUGGACGACCCCGCGCCCCGGAGCCUCACCGAGCCGCUGCGCCGCUGCAAGUACCGCGUGGACCCGGCGGCUCGGGGCAAACGCGGCCCCAGGAGAGGGAGCGACCCCGAGGGGGAGGGCGGGGCGGAGGGCGGGGACGGGGGGCUGUUCUGAGACCCCCCCGCGCAGAGCACACGCCUGAACGUCCCAAAGAGUGCCCUCCCAGACCCUACAGGGACACAGCAGUGGCCACUUGAGGCAGACAUCCAGCUGUCCCCGAAACAGCGGACCCACCCCCAGCGCGGGGGCGGGGGGGGGGGGGGGCGGCGCUCAGACCUCCGGGAAACAGCAGGGCUUCAGAAGAUUCAAAGUGCUGCCUGGGGGGAAACAAGAAGACAGGCCACCCAUUCAAAAAUAAGCAAAGGGCAUGAACAGGCAGUUUUUUCUCCAAAGAAGAUACACAAAUGACCAACCAAGCGCAUGAAAAGAUGCUCCACAUCAUUAGCC